CUUACGUUAUACACUCAAACUCAUAAGACACCAAAACAGAGAAACAAAAACGCAUUUUCUCAACAAAUCAACAUCACACACGAGAAAGAAGAGACACAGCUCUCGUGAUCAUCAUCAAACUAGACAAGAAAUGAGAAUCAGAUCCAAGUUUUCGAUUUCAGAUUCUUGAUUUUGUUUUCUUGAUGGGUUUGGAUUGGAUUCUUGAAAAGAUGAUGGGGCGUUUAAGGAGAAGGCAAGAGAUAAUAGAUCAUGAGGAAGAAGAAGAAGAAGAAGAAGAAGAAGAGGAAGAGGAAGAAUCAAACGAAGAGAUAGGAUCAUCAAGAAGAGGUAAACUGAGUUUAGCCGAGACGUUUCGGUGGCUUGAUUCAUCGGAACAUCGGAAGAUUGAAACUGAUGGUCAUAAUGAUUAUAAAUUCAUCAUUCAUCCCAAAACUAGGUGGUACAAGGCAUGGGAAAUGUUUAUAUUGCUUUGGGCAAUAUACUCAUCUUUGUUCACUCCCAUGGAGUUUGGUUUCUUCCGUGGUCUCCCUGAGAGACUCUUUGUACUUGACAUUGUUGGUCAGAUCGCUUUCUUGGUCGAUAUUGUUCUUCAGUUUUUUGUCGCCUACCGCGAUAUCCAAACCUAUCGAACUGUCUACAAACCAUCUCGUAUUGCUCUCCGGUACUUAAAAUCACAUUUUCUUAUGGAUUUCAUUAGUUGCUUCCCUUGGGAUCUUAUCUACAAGGCAUCAGGGAGACACGAGUUAGUGAGGUAUAUGUUAUGGAUAAGGCUGUUUCGGGUGCGUAGAGUGGUUGAGUUUUUCCAAAGGCUUGAGAAAGACACAAGAAUCAACUAUCUCUUCACUAGAAUCUUGAAACUUUUAUUCGUUGAAGUUUACUGUACUCACACAGCUGCUUGCAUCUUCUAUUACUUGGCUACCACUCUUCCUCCGGAAAACGAAGGUUACACUUGGAUCGGUAGCCUAAAGCUAGGAGACUAUAGCUACGAAAAUUUCCGAGAAAUCGAUCUUUGGAAACGUUAUACAACAGCUCUAUACUUCGCCAUUGUCACUAUGGCUACUGUCGGUUAUGGAGACAUACACGCGGUGAAUCUACGGGAAAUGAUAUUUGUAAUGAUAUAUGUUUCAUUUGAUAUGGUUCUUGGUGCGUACCUUAUUGGUAACAUCACUGCCUUGAUUGUGAAAGGAUCAAAUACAGAGAGAUUUAGAGAUAAGAUGAAUGAUCUCAUAAGUUUCAUGAACCGUAAAAAACUCACUAGAGAUCUUCGUAGCCAAAUAACUGGUCACGUGAGAUUGCAGUACGACAGUCACUAUACUGACACUGUCUUGCUUCAGGACAUCCCAGCCGCUAUACGCGCCAAGAUUGCGCAACGAUUGUACCUGCCUUACAUAAAAAAAGUACCUCUCUUCAAAGGCUGCUCUACGGAGUUCAUUAAUCAAAUAGUAAUAAGGCUCCAUGAAGAGUAUUUUCUUCCAGGAGAAGUAAUAACAGAGCAAGGAAACGUUGUAGAUCAUUUGUAUUUCGUCUGUGAAGGCUUACUGGAAGCUCUUGUUACAAGAACAGAUGGAUCAGAAGAGAGUGUGACUUUUCUUGGUCCUCACGCUUCUUUUGGAGAUAUCUCCAUCAUUUGUAACAUCUCUCAACCAUUUACAGUUAGGGUUUGCGAGCUUUGUCAUCUCUUACGCCUCGAUAAACAGUCUUUCUCGAACAUCCUCGAGAUUUAUUUUCACGAUGGACGCAAGAUCUUGAACAAUCUUAUGGAGGAGAAUGAUUCAAACGAGAGGGUAAAGAAGCUAGAAUCUGACAUUGUGAUUCACAUUGGGAAACAAGAAGCAGAACUUGCAUUGAAAAUGAACAGUGCAGCUUUCCAAGGAGAUUUUUUCCAGCUUAAGAGCUUGAUACGAUCUGGAGCUGAUCCAAACAAAACAGAUUACGAUGGAAGAUCACCACUUCAUCUUGCAGCAUGUAGAGGCUAUGAAGACAUAACUUCAUUUCUUAUUCAAGAAGGUGUUGAUAUCAAUCAAAAAGAUAAGUUCGGGAACACGCCAUUGUUCGAGGCUGUGAAAGCAGGGCAAGAAGGAGUGAUUCGUUUGCUUGUGAAAGAAGGAGCCUCUUUUGAUUUAGAAGAUUCAGGAAACUUCCUUUGCGCGACAGUUGUUAAAGGCGACUCUGAUUUCCUCAAGAGAUUGCUCUUAAGUGGUUUGGAUCCAAACACUGAAGAUUACGAUCAUAGAACCCCGCUUCAUGUCGCUGCUUCGGAAGGGUUAUACCUAAUGGCUAAGAUGCUACUUGAAGCUGGAGCAAGUGUUGUCUCUAAAGACCGGUGGGGUAAUACUCCGAUUGAUGAAGCCCGAAUGUGCGGAAACAAGAAACUGAUUAAGCUACUCGAAGAUGCGAAUACCGCGCAGCCAAGCUCUCAUGAACAACAACAGGAGAGAGUUCAGAGAAGGAAAUGCACGGUGUUUCCAUUCCACCCGCGCGAGGCGAAAGAAGAGCGUAAAAGAAAGCACGGAGUCAUGGUUUGGAUCCCGAGCGAUCUCCAAACACUUAUACUAACUGCUGCACAAGAGCUCGGGCUAUCCGAUGAAGACUCAUUUGUAAUACUAUCAGAAGACCAAGGUCGUGUCACUGACAUUGAUAUGAUCAGUAAUGAGCAGAAACUGUAUAUGAUCAGUGAUACUACUGAUCAAACAUAAUGAUCAAGUUUUCCAAUUUUUUCGAUCAUUACUACAUAAGAGUCAUUUGAGGUUACUUUGUUCUUAUAUUAGCCAUUACAAAAAGGAGAACACUAUUUCUUAUUAA